AACAAACUGACAUGCUUGUUUUUAGUAAACAACAUCGAAAAAAUUUUAAAUAUUUUGAAUUUCACUCGCUUGCAAUAAAUACGAAAUAAAAUCUGUUAAAUAUUUAUUAAAAAUGCCGUACGAGAAUUGGUUGAAUUAUUUAAAGAGCGCUGAAAAGAACUCUAUGAUCAGUGGUAGGAGCCGUAAAAUUUUUUAUAAAUUCCCAGAUGGCCUACAAAUGGCUGAGGAAUAUAGUCUGGAUACGGGAGUUGUACAAAAGAGAUCAUGGCGCAAAAGUAAGCAGCUAAUGGGUGAGCCAGAAUGGGAAGUUGAAUUGGGUGAGGAUCCCAGGCAACUGGCUGCAGCAGGAGACAGUAGCGAUUUACGAAAUGACGACGGAAGUUUUACCGUUAAAAUCAGUAAUACGGAACCGAUAUUAACAAAGCGAAUAACAAAGAAAAACAUUGAAUGGCGCAUAAGAAACCUUCCCUAUUCCAUAGAGGUGUAUCAAGUUCAAGCAGACCCCGAAAAAAAGGCCAUAGUAGUGAAAACGACAAAUAAAAAGUACUACAAAGUUAUAAAUAUACCGGAUUUAGAUCGUUGUGGAAUUUUACCAGCACAAGCCAAUAUCUCAGUACACCAUCAGUACAACACCCUAAUUAUAACGUAUAAAAAACCUGAAAUUUUAUGUGAAAUGGAAGCACAAGUUUUAUUACUUUUAAAGGAAGUAGAAACCGAAACUGACAUGGAAGACCUAUUACAAGGAUUGUUAAAAAAAUAAAUGUACAUAUAAACAAAUUUUGAUUAUUAUAUUUCCACAUUAAUCUUACAAUGCAUAGAGAUCACAAAUAAAUAAAGAUAAUUAAAA